AUGUCUGGUGUCAACAAAUCUAAUAGAACCCUACACACACACAAAAGUGUGAAAAACGCCACUAACGUUAAAACAGGGAAACACCAAAAAAUAAAUGAAAACACGAAACCGCCAAAAAAGAUUCGGUCGGGUAAGAAGCGUUCUCCCACGUAUCGAGGAGUCCGAAUGCGCCGUUGGGGCAAAUGGGUGUCUGAGAUUCGACAACCACGAAAAAAAUCCCGUAUAUGGCUCGGGAGUUUCUCCACGCCCGAGAUGGCUGCUAGAGCGCAUGAUGUGGCCGCGUUGUCCAUUAAAGGGAACGCGGCCACACUUAAUUUUCCCGAACUUAAAGAUUUGUUGCCUCGCCCCGAGUCUGUUUCUCCACGUGACAUCCAAGCUGCCGCGGCCAAGGCCGCGACAAUGGAAGAUUUUCGUACGGAUUCUUACUCUCUUUCGUCGGUUUCUUCGCAGUCUACGAAUGGUUAUAUCGCUUCUUCGGCGGACGAACAUGGUUCGUCUAUAAGCUCGGGUGAUGAGUUGGAUGAGAUCAUUGAGUUGCCGAGUUUAGAGGGUUUGGACUCGUUGACCAAGUUGACCGUGGAUGACUGGGUUGAUGGGUGGAUGUACCCGUCAUGGACGAUGGCUGAUAUCGACGGUUUUCCGGGAGAAUUUUCCGACACGACGGCAAAAGAUUUAUGUUUUCAGACGCAUAUAUGGGAUUGUUAA